AUGGAAUUGAAUUACCGUCGCGCCAUCGCGAUGGGAAUUCCUGCGAUUCGACAAUGUUUUGAUGGCUCAAACCUUUUAUGGCAGAUUGCCGAGUCCCCUGUUUGGACGUUUCUUGAUAAGCUGGGGGUGGAGCUUGGAAGUUUUCGAUAUUCUCGUCGAGGCUGGUAUUUCUAUGACCAGGCACAAACUCACAUUCGUCUCGGUCCAGUUUGGGCUUUGGUAUCACCUCGUGGGAUCUGCCUUUAUAUUGCAGAUGCGGAAAUUGCCAGUGAGAUAUUUGAGAGGCGAGCGGACUUUAUUCGCCCUUUUGAGGCAUAUAAAAUCCUUGAGGUUUACGGUCCAUGUAUCUCGACCGCUGACCAAGAUAACUGGGCUCGUCACCGCAAAGUGGUGGCCACUCCGUUCAAUGAGAGCGCUAUGUCAUCUGUAUGGGAUGAAAGUAUCAAGCAAUCGGAGCAGAUGGUUGAGGCAUGGACCUCGCCAGGGCAUGGGUAUAUAAAAAGCGCCGCACAGGACACGCGCACGGUAUCAUUGAAUGUCCUCGCUGCCACUGGAUUCCGGAAAUCGUACCCAUUCCAAAGCGCCAAUGACCCCCAGAAGGCCAACAUCGACAACACGGCAAGCUACCGUGAUAAUCUACAAAUCGUCCUCGAUAACAUUAUUAUGUUGUUGGUUGUACCUCGUAAGAUUCUUACUUUGCCAUUUGCCCCCAAUUCAUGGCAUAAGGUUGCGGAAGCCUCGGCAGGAUUCCAGAACUACAUGGCGCAAAUGCUUGACGAAGAAACAAAAGCUAUGAAUGAGAACAAAGCAGGCUCUGGUAGCAUGGUGACAUCUUUUGUGCGUGCUAUGGACCUGAAUCAGAAGACAAAUGCACAGGCCAAAGCGAUCAGCUCGUCUUCGAAAGGAUUGACUGUGGAAGAGAUCUUCGGAAAUAUGUUCGCUGUCAACUUUGCUGGACAUGAUACCACCGCCAAUACGCUGAGUUUCGUAAUGAUAUUGCUGUCAGCCUAUCCUGAAGUCCAGGGAUGGGUCUCUGAAGAGCUACAGCAACUGACCCCCGAAGAAAUGUUAGGGCAGUACACUAAUACCUUCUCGAAACUUCAUCGCUGCCAAGCUCUAAUGCAUGAAACUCUUCGCAUAUUCUCGCCUGUUGGCAUCAUAAUGAAACGGACUAACCACCAAUCUCAACAUUUGGCAACCGGUAAUAAGAGCAUACUUAUUCCUCCGAACACGAAUGUUUGGAUCAAUAUGUCCGGCAUUCACGCCAAUCCAAAAUACUGGGAAGACCCAAUGAAAUGGAACCCAUCUCGAUGGGUGCACACUCCCCCGAAUUCAGAAAAGGCAUCAACUUUACAAGACGAACGCCUUAUAAUAUCACCGCGAUGCACAUAUUUUCCAUGGUCCGAAGGUCCCCAAAACUGCCCAGGUAGCAAGUUCUCACAAGUGGAAUUUGUAGCUGUCAUGGCACAUCUGCUACGUGAUCAUCGUAUUCAUGCCAUACCGAACCCGGGCGAGACUACCGAGCAAUUACGAUCAAGAAUCCUUGCAGUGACGCAGGAUGUGGACUUGCAACUUCUCAUACGGAUGAGAGACGCGGACCGAGUUCACCUAGCAUGCCGCCGUGUUUGA